UGCUUUGUGCAGCAGGUACACUGACUAGGUGGGAGAACGAGCAAGACAGACAGAGUCAUCACUUUACCAUGAAGCACCGUGUGCUGUUGUCGCUGCUGUUGGCGCUGUGCUGCGUUCACAUCCACGCUGCGCCGGUGGAGCAUGCUGGCAUGGAGCAGGGGUCGUGUGAAGACGCAUCUGCAUUGUUCGCUGCAGGACUGGCUCUCACCAAGAUCAACCAGAACCAGAAGGAGGGCUACGUCCUCCACCUGCACCACCUGUCCAACGUCCACAUGACAAAACAUGACGAGACUGGCGUGGUUUUCUACCUGACUAUGGACGUCGUUGAGACAAACUGCAGCGUUCUCAGUAAGAAAGACUGGAAGACCUGUGAGCCUCGUCCCACUCAUGACACACCGGUGUACGGACAGUGCAAAGCUGCCAUCUAUAUCAACAGGCCACACAGAGUGGUGCGUCUCUACAAAUACAACUGUGUUAUCAGGCCAGUUCCUGCAGCUAAGGUGGGCGAGCUGUGUCCCGACUGUCCGACUCACAUCGACAAGGCCAACGCUGAGGUGCAGAAGACUGUGUCUGUCUCACUGGACAAGUUCAACAAGGAGAGUGGCUUGCCCAAUCGUUUCGCUCUGCUGCACGUCAGCCGCUCUCAUGCCGGGAUGGGCAUGAUGACUCAUUACAACGUAGAGUACACCAUCCAGGAGACCACCUGCCCCAGUAGCGAUGACACCACUAAAGAGUGCCCCAUCAUGGACUGCGAGUUCGCUCACAAGGGCUUCUGUAAGGCGUCACUGUUCUACUCUCCCACUGGGGAUGCUGACACCAGCGUCAAGUGUGAGAUCUACGAGCCCGAGGCUGCUGAGAGAGAGAAGAAACUCCACCUGAAGGCUGACGAGAUUGACCACAGCCACAAUGACACACACGCUGACCAGGACCACACACACAGUGCCGACCAGACACACGACCACGUGCACGACCACACCAAGGGCCACGCUCAUCGCAAAAAAAACCCCCAUCACGCUGACAACAGCAACCAUCACGUGGGCAGCAGCCACAGGCACGCUCACAAUCACUCCCGCGACCACGGGCACGGCCACGGUCACGGGCACGGCCACGGCCACGGCCACGGGCACGGCCACGAUCACGGGCACGGCCACGAUCAUGUGCACGCUCAUCACGACAAGGCACACAACCACAGCGGCGACACGCCCAACCACCACCACAACUACAAGCAUGCCGAUGGCGUGCACAGCCACGAGCAUGACCACGAGCUCGCUCUGGACCAUGACCACAAGCACGCUCACCUGCACGAGCACGAGCACCACCAUCAUCACCACAAGCACGAACACGAGGCCACCGCCCACGACGACCCAGAGGGCACGGUGACGGUGCUGCCCCCCGUGGACCAGCCAGUGACUCAGCCUUCCACCCCUGACUCUGCCACUGGUCCUGAGGUGGGAGUCGUCCUGCCCCUCAAGCCCGACCCCGAGGUCCCUGGACACAUGGAACCCAUCAUCGAGGCCUUCCCCACCUCAGUCUCAGCCCAGUGCACCUCCCCAAAGGCAGGAGACAAACUGGUGGACAAAAUGUUCACUGAGGACCCCUUGUUCAAGUCAGGUGCAUAAGGUGGCUCGUGGAACUCGGUUUGAGACUGAAUAGAGUUUCAAAAAGGCACAGACCAAAGUGUAUUGAAGGCAGGGAAAACAGAUUUACUUCAGACACACUGACGGACAAUGAAAUGCUGAAAAAACAAAUUAACUCUUUGACCCUCAGAGACUCACCCACAUUCACGUGGAGGAACCAUAUUCAACAACAUAAAUCUUCAUCAUUGUACAAUCAGGCUGUCACACAUGAAUGUUUCAUAUGUCUGUAUGUUUCAUAUGCUGCAGAAAACAAUAAAUGGUACCACAAAUACUCA